AUGCGCCCGAUUAGUCUAUGCAACGUGGGCUACAAGAUUAUUUCUAAAGUACUAUGCGAGCGGUUGAAAAGGGUUCUAUCGCAGCUGAUUUCGGAAACCCAAUCAGCGUUUGUCCCGGGGAGACUGAUCUCAGACAAUAUUCUGAUAGCACAAGAAAUGUUUCAUGGCCUCAGGACCAACAAAUCUUGUAAAGGAAAAUAUAUGGCAGUUAAAACUGAUAUGAGCAAAGCAUACGAUCGAAUUGAGUGGCAAUUUGUGGAGGCCACUAUGCGUAAAAUGGGGUUCGAGGAACGCUGGAUCGGAUGGAUCAUGAGAUGUAUAAAGUCGGUAGAGUAUAAAGUACUCAUUAAUGGGCAACCAUGGGGAACAAUAACUCUGUAUAGGGGUCUACGGCAGGGAGAUCCUUUAUCUCCCUAUAUAUUCAUUCUCUGUACAGAAGUCUUGAUAUCGAAUCUUAAACGGGCCGAAUCAGCUAAAUCGCUGACGGGCCUGAAGGUGGCUCGAGCAAGCCCACCCGUCUCACAUCUACUUUUUGCGGAUGACAGUUUAUUCUUUUGUAAGGCGACAGUUGAGGAGAGCACAAUUUUGUUACAAAUCCUUCAGAGCUAUGAAAGGGCAUCGGGCCAAAAAAUAAACUUUGAUAAAUCUUCUAUUCAGUUUGGACAUACAAUGGAGGCAAUGGUACGCUCGGAGAUUCAUCAGAUAUUGGAUAUAUUUAAUCUACAGCACUGGAGUUUGUGCCGUGACCUCGAGAUUGUGAUGGUUAACGGGCUGAACCGUGGGGAAAUGGUAAUUUACUUUCCCUUGGCCCCUUACGGGAGCCUCUUGCAGCGCUUGAGCGGGCAGUCAAGCGCACAAAUAUAG